AUGGAGUCAAACAAAGUUCAGCAAAAUGCCCCCGGCAACAGCACCGUUGACACGGACGCCUUGUUAGCCGGACUGGGCCCCGAAGUCUUUGAAAAUGCCAACACCAUAACCAAGUGGUUGUUGUUACAACCGACAGAGUCACUCCCAGUCAUCGCACAGGCAGUAUUUGCCAGGCUGUUCAGCAACGCCUCCGAGUCUCGCCAGUAUCACGGAAACGGUCACGAUGUCGUCAGGCUCUGCAGCUUUGUUCAGCAAUGUGCCAAAGCCAAGGACCUGAAGCUGAAGGAAUGGGCCUUCACCGAGCCCGUCUCAACGAAACUGUUCCAUUUCUACCUUGAGUGGUAUGAACAUGACCCUCAUCGUGCCCUGAGACUGAUUCUCGAUGUCCUUGUGGCGUCGGCGACCAUCAAUCCCAACCCUGAGACAGGGAAGGCAGUAAAGGAGCACAUCCUCAAGACCAUCGUGGAGAUUGUCACUCGCAAGUCUGCCAUGCAGUUGACCAAGUCCGGUCUGCAAUGUCUGGACCACUUCUUGAACAAAAAGGUUCUCACCCUCGACGAUGUUGCCCGCAAGUAUCGUGUGGUCGACUCUUCUGUGGCCGACCUAGCCCAUCUCUCCUUGUGGAAAUCCUUUGUCUUUGAGUUGUUCUCAUGGAUGGAGCUUCCCUACGUCUGCCCCCAUGCCGGCAAAUGCCUUGUGCACAUCUUCAAGGGCUUGACUAGCCAGGCUGUCGCGCAAGAGGAUCAAAGGUUCACUGUCGAAGUCUGGAAGACGUGGUUACAGGAGGCCGUUGCUCAAAGGCCAGCGGUCUUGGAGGAUAUCAAGAACUACGUCUUGGUGCCUAUCUUCAAGACCGACAAGGUCGAGUCUCUGAAGCUGCUUGAGGCGUUCAACCGCAGUGAGAUUCCCGUCGGAUCCACGCAGGACCUAACCGAUUUAACUCUUUUGCUCCAGUUGGCGACACUCGAAACUGGCAAGCGGUUCGGUCUGGUCGAAGAACCCAGCAAUGAUAAUGACGCUUCUCAGUCUUCAAGCAAAGUCAUUCUACGGGAUACUGUCCUUGAAAGCUUUCUCACCCAUCCUUCCCUUUCCGUCAGAUCCAGCGCUUUCUCCUUGCUAGUGUCAUCCCAGGCCACCACAAAGCCUUUCUCCCGGAUAGCGUUUGACCUACUCAGGAAACACCUCGCCGCCUUCCAUGCCGACUUUGACGCCAAGUUGCGUAACGAGGUCCUCGGCUAUACCAAAAACCUGAUCCGACGCGCCCGCGGACAAGGAACAACACCAUCCAAGAAGAAGCCCGCUCCCGAGAACUUGUUGAAGAAUCCCGCCGAGGCCAAAGAGGUACUUGACCGCCACGAGGCUUUCUUCGCUUGGUACCUUGAGUUCUUGAAGGGUGAACUGUUGCCUACGGCAUCCUACCAACGCCACAUUACAGCCAUGAGAGCGGCACUCCUGGCGUUGAAGGUCGGAAAGCACGCUGGUGCCACGGAUGAUGCUGUUGAUGACGACGUUUCCAAGUCAAUAUCCUCGGACUUCACAUGGAUCCGCCUUCUUCUGGAUCUUCUUCUGGACCCCUUUGACGACGUCAGAGACUCCGCCUCUAACCUUUUGGGUCUAUUCUCUCAAGAAAUCAUCAAGUCUCCCGCACAACCCAAUCUUAACAGCAAGACCCAACUCGAGGUUUUGCAAGACUUUUGCCUCAAAGCUCGGGCUUUGGCAGACAGAACCGGUCGUGCUGAUCAUGGUGACGGCGCUGCUCGCUCUCAGGGACUUUUGUGCCGAUGGUUGGAUGGUGCGGAUCUCCAGAUUGCUCACAUCUCCAAGAUCAUCAGUGGUCUUGAAGACAAGGUCACAAAGGCGGAGAAGGACCUGGGCCACGCUGCCAUUGAGAACCCAGUGCAUCCAGACUUUGCCGCCAUCAGCUAUGCUUGGCCUGUGCUGGCUAAGGAGACCUUCUCGGAAACACAACUGGAAGCUAUCCAUCAAUUGUACCAACGUGUGUUCGAUUGUGCCAAGCGUAUUUGGCUAGCAGUCAGACACGUGCUGUGCGAUGACUCUCCGGAAGGCCACUUGCCCGAGGAAAUGGAGGAGAUCGAGGGUUUGGACACAAAAGACCUGUUGAGCUACAGCUUCCGCGCUGUUCACGAGUCGAGCAAUCUGUUGCGACUGAUGCUCCAGACGUUGCGUCUCACUCCCGCUCCGGGAGUGCCGUUCCCUCCUUUGGCUGUCUUCCAAGAUACCGGCUACUUGACGUUUGAGCAGCUUUCCAGCUUGAGACAUCGUGGUGCUUUCUCUACGGUUUCUCUUACUUUCACCACAUGUUGCCAGCUUAGUCAGAACCUGCCUGUUGUCUUCCCCGAGACUGCUGGCUCCAACACCUUGCUUCGCGAAUGGUACAAGGGCACAAUCAACUGCAUCAUGAGCCAGGCCUCCACCACCCGUCGCUCUGCGGGUAUUCCGUCCCUAGUUGCCGGCAUCCUGACAGCCAAUGCCGAAUCACCCUCGUUCAACGAGGUUUUCAGCGAGCUCGAGGAAAUUGGCAAGAAGCCAGUCACCCAGGCGGAAACCGAUGGAUCGAACCUGCCACAAGUGCACGCUUUGAAUUCGCUGAGGGAGAUUUUCAAGAGCUCCUUGUUGAGUAAGAAGGCCGAGGCUUACCUGGCUAGGACUUUGCAGCUGGCUGCAAACAACCUGAAGUCCGAAGUAUGGGCCAUUCGUAACUGCGGUCUCCUGUUGCUGAGGAGUCUCAUCGACUGCUUGCUUGGAACAGGCGAGAGCAAGGCCAUCAUCGAGUCGGGUUGGGACGGUGUUUCUGUCCGCAUCUCUUACAACAAGUACCCAACAUUACCGGGUGUUAUUCUGGGGCUCCUAGAGUCUGCCAAUAAGGCUUUGGGUGAGGAUGCAAAGACAGCCGCCGCGGAGGCCGUCUUCCCAGCACUGGACAUCAUCCGCCGUGCCGGCCCUCCUGAGUCUUACCGCGCCGAACUCCAGGGUCAUAUUGAAGGCUACCUCGAUAGCCACCUCUGGCACGUCAGAGAAAUUGCUGCCAGGACACUCUGCUCCUUUCUCCUUCAGGGCAACUGGGUUGCAAAAAUUCAGCGGCUCCUCGAGGAGUCUGAGGAUCGCGCCAACCGCAUCCACGGUGUCCUCCUGCUAACGAGAUUCGUUCUGGAGCGCAAGACCAGCUUGGGCGCUGAUGUUUCCGAAGAUACAUCUAAGCUCAAGGUUCUUCUCCGGAGACUCGCAGAUGAGAGUGACAACUUCAAGACCUGCCCCGUCGUCAAAGCAGCCUACCUUGAGAUCUUCAACAUUCUGGCCAGCAUCGAUCCCGUUGUCAACCAGUCAGCCCUCGAACUCAUCGCCAUCACUCCCGGCUCCGAUUCGGCUACGGUGAUGGAGAAGACCAAACAAUACCCAUCCUCGGCACUUCUAGAUAGCGAGGCCGUCAUUGCCAGCGUCUACCACGCUGCAGCAGUCGCCGACACCAAGGUCCUCCGGGCGCUUUUCUUGCAUACUCUCAGCAAGGACAUCAACACCACUCACCGAAUGCUCGAGAUGGUCCCUGCCGCCUGGAAGUCCAUCUCCACCCCCGAAACCAUUGAGGGUCUCGCCAACCUUUACGCCGAAGUCUGCACCACCACCGCCGCCACCCCCGACAUCAAGGCAGCGGCGAUCACCAAUCUCGGCGAUCUCAUUGACACCCUUCUCCAGCAAGGCCGUCAAGCCGAGCUCCUCAACCUGUCCUUCAUGGCCACGGUCGAACAAAUCUGGAAGGAUCUCCAACAAGGCGAGAUCAACCCCAACCUCUCCUGCGCCAUCAUCCGCGCCAGCGGUUCCCUCAUGGCUGCCCUUGCCUUUCGCAGCGCUGCCGCCAGCGGCGAGAUCGACAACCAGAUGGCCCAACGCCUCCGGGCCUGGGGCGCCAUGAUCGCCGACGCGCUCGACAUCGACAACACCUUCGACACACGCUACGCGGCCUCGUCCUCUCUGACCUCCUUUUUUCACCGGCUUCGUGCCCCACCUGAGCAGCUCCUUACUGCUUUGCAAUUCGACGACUCACUGUUUGCUACUGAAGAGCAGAAUCUGUUUAUUGAUGAGGUGAGGGAGACGAGACGUUGGCAGCGGGAGCUCAUUGCCCGUGCUUCUGGGUCUGACAACAUGACGUCCGGGCCUGCGUUCGCCAAGCUGAGCAAGUGGACGGAGGAAGGGCUGAAGUAUCUUGUCAGAAUGGUGCGGGAGAACAAUGAUGGCCCCCUGGGGUGGACGAGCGAUCAGCAUGUGUUUGCAGCUUGUGCGAGGGUGUUGCUUUGCGCGGUUGCGGUUGUUAAGGCUGUCGGCGCUGAGUCGGUGGUUGGGGAGGCAUUGAAGAAGUUUAGGGAAGUGGGCGAGAAGGGAGGGUUGCAUGGUAGUUUGUUGGAGAUUGCGGCGGCGUUGUGA